UGGUCCGUUAAACUAAGUGUGCGGUAAAGAGCGUGGCAAGUCACCAGAAAAGUGACCCAGGGACGGGUCCUUUCUUUCGGAUAAGAAACUAUUUUUUUCUACCCGUCCGGAGAUAGGAACACUCUGAAACAUGGCUGCUCUUUCAGCCUGGUUUUGGAACGAGAGGUUUUGGCUGCCACACAACGUAACCUGGGCGGAUCUGGCAGACCCAGCUCCCGGGGUGGAGUACCCCAAAGCUGGACACUUGUUUGCUGCCUUGCCGCUGGCUUUGGGGAUUUUCGCCGUAAGGAUUCUCUUCGAAAGACUUAUUGCCAGUCCUUGUGCCCAGAGUCUCAACAUUCAUCCAGGUGGUGGACGAAGAGCUCAGCCCAAUGCAGUGCUGGAGAAAGUGUUUACAUCCAUCACAAAGAAUCCAGACUCUCGCCAUCUGGAUGGCCUGUCCAAGCAGCUGGACUGGGAGGUGCGAAAGGUUCAGCGCUGGUUCAGACACCGCAGGAACCAAGAUAAACCCAGCACACACACUAAGUUCUGCGAGAGCAUGUGGAGGUUUACAUUUUAUUUGUGCAUAUUUAUCUAUGGGUUCCAGUUUCUGUGGCAGACACCUUGGAUGUGGGAUACACGGCAUUGCUGGUACGGCUACCCCUAUCAGGUCAUGACCCCGGGUCUUUACCGCUACUAUGUGACGGAACUGGCCUUCUACUGGUCGCUAAUGUUCUCCCAGUUCACCGACAUUAAAAGAAAGGACUUCCUGAUCAUGUUCGUUCAUCACCUGGCUACAGUUAGCCUGAUCAGCUUUUCCUACGUCAACAACAUGGCGCGAGUGGGGAGCCUUGUGAUGUGCGUCCACGAUGCCUCUGACUUCUUGCUAGAGGCAGCCAAGCAGGCCAACUACGCCAAGUACCAGCGGUUGUGUGACUUCCUCUUCAUUGUGUUUAGUGUGGCAUUUUUCAUCACACGACUUGUUAUAUUUCCAAUAUGGGUCCUGAACUCCACUAUGUUUGAGAGCUGGGCCAUAGUCGGGCCGUACCCAUCCUGGUGGCUCUUCAACACCUUAUUGCUGGUCCUCCAAGUGCUGCAUAUCAUCUGGUUCUACCUCAUAGGCCGUAUAGCUGUCAAAGCCAUGCUGCGGGGCAAGGUGUGCAACGAUGUCCGCAGUGACAUUGAGAGCAGCUCGGGUGAAGAAGAAGAACCUCACACGCCCCCAGAAGGCCUCAAGGCUUCUCAUAUUCCCAAGGCAGAAAACGGCACUAAUGGCCACUGUGUUGCUACCAAAGCUCGAGUGCAGAAUCACAACAGCUUGUGACAUGUAGCCUGAAGCUGGGAGCCCCCUGCAGUUCGUCCCUCACUUCUACAAGAGCUUUGUUUGUCUUACGACAUGCCCCUGACGUCCAAGGCUCACACCCACACACAUACACACCCACCCAGUCUACCAUUACACAGACGGUGAGUGCGCACAGAUUCAUGCGUGGUUGCACUGAUGGUGGAUAUACAGACACUGACAUCUGCUUUGAAGAGCCCUGUAACGACAUGUAGGACACCACUCAAGCGGUGACACGUAAAUGCUGGAUUGAUGAAAUCAGUUGAAGCAAGCAAUUUGCAUAGCCUUGUCUUUCAAAUGACGAGAUUCACUUUGUGCUGAGUGUGGCUGCCGAUGUUGAUUGGUUUCAAUGUUCUCUCCCAGUUUUAUUGGCCAGAUGAACUUGAUUCUUUUUGUCUUAAGGAUUAAUUCACACUGGAUCACAAACAGCUGCUACACUACUUUUCAAACUUUGAAGUUCAAUCAGUGAUGUGACAGGUGUUAUACAUUAUAAUUAAUUUAUAGCUGUGGUUUUAUCAGCUCUUAAGAAGAGCCCCUGCUCUGUGUGUCUCACCAGAAGUACAACACACCUGAAAGUUUUAAUACCAGCAGUCUCUGCCUUUUGCGAUUGUUGUGGAUUUACCCUUUAACCAUGUUGUUUGACUUGUUUAUUUCUGUCUUUUUUUUUUUUUUUUUUUUUUUA